CGGAGAAAUGCAAUUUACUCUAAGUUGUGAUUUAAAUAUUUAUUUCGCAAAAACUAAGAAAGUGACAGAAUAAACAGCUGCAGUUAAUUACAAAUAUACAAUAAUCUGUAAUCAUGUUUUUACCUUUACGCAUCAGUCGCGUACUUGCUCAUAGAGACAGCGAAGUUGAUAAUCCAAGUAUACCAUUUGAAUUCAAUGAAGCAAAUAAGAAACGCAUUGAAGCUCUUUUGAAAAUUUAUCCUGAAGGUCAUAAACGUGGUGCAAUGAUACCUCUAUUGGAUUUAGCUCAACGUCAACAUGGAUGGUUACCCAUUUCUGCAAUGCACAAAGUGGCAGAAAUAUUAAAUAUUCCUCGCAUGCGAGUCUAUGAAGUUGCAACAUUUUAUACAAUGUUCAACAGAAGACCAAUGGGAAAAUAUCAUGUACAAAUUUGUACUUGUACACCAUGUUGGUUACGAGAUUCUGAUUCUAUUGUAGAAGCUGUAACCAAAGCUACAAAUUGUAAAAUUGGUGAAAUGUCAGCAGAUAAAUUAUUUACUGUUUCUGAAGUGGAAUGUCUUGGUGCUUGCGCUAAUGCACCAAUGUUUCAAGUUAAUGAUGAUUAUUAUGAAGAUUUAACACCAGAAACUGCUACUACUAUAAUAAAUGCACUUAAAAAAGGUGAAAGACCACCACCAGGGCCACAAAAUUCUCCUAGAUUUGCAGCAGAUCCAGCAUCUGGCUUAACAUCAUUGACAUCCCCACCACCUGGACCUGGAUUUGGUGUUAGAUCAGAUUUAUAAUUUAUUGUGUUAUGAGUUUAGCACUGAUUGAAUUUAUAAAUAGAAUGUCUAAUACUAUUGAAAAAUAAUAUAAGAUGUUAUCAAUAUAACCUUAAUCAUUUAAAAAAUAACGAUUUUUUAUUUUAUUCAUAAAUAGUUAUUUAAUCAGGAAAUAUACAGAAUUUUUAUUCAUUAAUACUAAUUGAAAUUUAACUCUUUUAUUUAUAUAUAAUGUAUAUAUAAUUGUUAUGAAGAUCUAUAUCAUAUAUAUAUAUAAAGAGAUAACAUAUUUUUCAAAUAUGUAUAUUCUCUAAAAAUAAAUUUGAUUUGAUAAAUUUUACACAGAUAUUUCUAUUAAAAUAAUAGAAAAAAUUUUUUAUAAACAUUCAGGUAAAUAUAUACAAUAAAUUAUUUAUAACCGUCUAUAUACGUUCAUAUAUUAUUUUAUCACAUUAUAAUCGUAAAAAUUAAAUAAAAAUAUUAAAUCCAUUUUAAUAAUACAUAAACAUGAAAUAUGAAAUCUUAACCUAAUUCUAAAAGUAGAAAUCUUUAAUGACAGACUAUAUAUUUUUAAUUAUAUAAUAAUUAUAUUUAAAUUAACUUCAGAAAAAAAAUAAACAAAAUUUUAGUUAAAGUACAAGACUGUAAAUAUAAUUAAUUUACAAUACUGUAAAAGAAUUAAUUUAGAUGUUAAUCAAUCAGAGCGAAUAUUGACCAAUAUUUUAUAGAAUACAAUACUAAAUUUUAAAAAAAGAAACAAACAUAUAUAUAUACAUCAUUUUAAAUAAUUUAUAAUUGCUUCUAUCAUUGUAUAAUAUAUCUCAUUAAAUCAUUCUAUUCUUUGAUAUUUACUUGCUAUUUAUAAUAAAUUUCUUAAAUGUUUUAAUUUUAAUAGUUGCAUUAAAGAGGAGAAAAAUGCAUGAUAGUUUACAUAACAUUUCAUUAAUAAAUAUUCGCAUAAAACCUAGAUAAAAAAUUUUAAAUCAUUACUUUAUAUUCUAGAAAUAUAAAAAAUAGAAAAUUGUAAAAUAACAAUUGUCGUAGAAAUUCUCGUAAGAAUUCAAAUUUAAAAACUCAAAAAAGUCUAUCUAAAAAUAUUUUUACUAAUAUAUUCAAUUACGUUAUAUACAGUAAAUAGUAAAACAAUGAUGUAUAUUGGAUACUUAAAGUUUUAAUUCAUAUGUAUCUAAAUGAUUUAAAGAAAACAUAUUUUUCAAUGACAGAAACAAAAUUUUAAUUAUUUUCUACAUUUCAAAUUUAUUAAUGAUUAUUAUUUCAUAAAUUCGUUUCAUGGUAAAACAUCUCAGAUUAUAGUUAUAAAUUCAAGCAAAAUAGUGACAUUGAAUAUUCACCUUCUAAUAUCAUAUUAUAAACUUAGUCUAGAUGGAGUUACUUGUUUAGUGAAUACAUUAAGUUUUGAGGUUAUAGCGAGUUUCUGCAAGAACAACAUUGGUAGUGUUAUCGUGAACAGCAUUGUUUAG